CAGACCUGCGCAUGCGUGUUGAAACCGAGUUUUUGCGCCAAACUGCAGGGUGUGAGCUAUUUUUUUCUCGUAAGUUUAGCCCAAUUUUACGAAAUUAUGCCAAAUAUCAAGCUAUUCACAGGAAGUUCUCAUCCUGACCUGGCUCAGAAGGUCGCCGACAGGCUUGGCAUUGAGAUGGGCAAGUGUACGACCAAGAAAUUCAGCAACCAGGAGACUUGUGUGGAAAUAGGCGAGAGUGUGCGUGGCGAGGAUGUGUACAUUGUGCAAAGCGGCUGUGGUGAAAUCAACGACAACCUGAUGGAACUCCUCAUCAUGAUCAACGCCUGCAAAAUUGCGUCUGCCCAACGUGUGACGGCUGUUAUUCCGUGUUUCCCGUACGCAAGACAGGACAAGAAGGACAAGAGCCGAGCUCCCAUCUCAGCUAAGCUGGUGGCUAACAUGUUGUCUGUGGCAGGAGCAGACCACAUCAUCACGAUGGACCUCCAUGCCUCACAGAUCCAGGGCUUCUUUGACAUCCCUGUUGAUAACCUGUAUGCUGAGCCUGCAGUGCUGAAGUGGAUCCAGGAACACAUUCCUGAGUGGAGGAACAGUAUCAUUGUCUCACCUGAUGCAGGGGGAGCAAAACGUGUAACUUCCAUUGCCGACCGUCUGAAUGUGGAAUUCGCCCUGAUUCACAAGGAACGGAAAAAGGCCAAUGAGGUGGCGUCCAUGGUACUUGUUGGGGAUGUGAAGGAUCGCGUAGCUAUUCUGGUGGACGACAUGGCGGACACGUGCGGAACUGUUUGUCACGCUGCUGAGAAACUGCUGUCUGCAGGUGCCCUGAAGGUGUACUCCAUCCUGACUCAUGGGAUCUUCUCUGGCCCGGCCAUCUCACGGAUAAACAAUGCUGCAUUUGAGGCCGUAGUGGUCACCAACACCAUCCCACAGGAGGAGAAGAUGAAGGCUUGUUCCAAGAUUGCGGUGAUUGACAUCUCUAUGAUCCUGGCAGAGGCUAUCCGUCGCACGCACAAUGGAGAGUCAGUGUCAUACCUCUUCAGCCAUGUCCCACUAUAACAGCAGACAUGGCUUCUCCUUGAUAGAGGCACCGACAGCAGAAGACUUUCUGUUUUCUAUACCUGUACAUUAAAUGCUUAGCACCGGGGGUUGAACUUUUUAGUCUCUUCAGCCAGUUGUGAUCCAAUGAUGUGUACUAAAAAAUAAUGUUUAGUUUGAUUGUGUGGUGAUUUUUUUUUGGGGGGGAGGUGUAUCUAGCAUUAACGUAUUAUGUUACACAGUAAUCUUACAAUUUGUAGAAUUAGGAAUCUAAAUAGGGAUAUGUUUUGCAAGCUGAAAAAAAUGUACAAAUGUGUUGUAUUAUUGUAGAAGGGUUUAGAAAGGAAAGAAUAAACAGGCUUCAAAAAAAAGUAAUCAGUUUGUGUAUAGUUUCUUUCCAUAUUUAUAUAAGUUUUGUAUACAUGUCAUACUUUGUUUGAGGUUGUUAUAAGAAAAUCAUCUUGAAACCAAUGUAUAUCCAAACUGGUCAGCCGUAGGGAGAAAUGGGAGUUCUAUUUGACAGUUGUACUGCAGAUCAAUGGGUGUGCACUCAUUGGAGCUAGCCACCUUAGCUCGGAAUAUGCUUGUUACCCUUGGGAAAUAAUAAAGGUUGGAUUUUAACAAACUUAA